ACUGGUUAUCCCAGCUAUCAUGAACGCUAUCCUCGGCCCUCUUAUUGUUCUUGGCGCCAAAAUUCCCAAUAGCAAGAAAAUGAGCAUCUGCUGCAAAACCCUAACCCUAACCCUAGGCCGUACAUCACUUUCUUCAUCCAUUAACAAAUUAAAAUCGCCCAAUUUCGUCUGUGGAAACCUAUUUACUUCAUUUAAAACCCAUACAACAAGAUCAUACAGUUCGAUACAAUCAGCGGCGGCAAUCCCACUCGAAUACUAUGAUAAUUCAAACAACAAAGACGACACCGUGGCGAAAUUUCUCAACAACCGAGAUGACGUGUCAAAAUUGAUGAAAAUGGAGAGGAGGACGACGUGGCCGGAAACUGCGGAGGGGAAGGGGCAGCGGUGGUUUCCGUAUAUGGAUAUGUAUAGGUGUGAAGGGGAAGUGUAUUUGAAUAGUGGAGAAGUUUGGGAAGCUAUGGCGCCUUAUAUAAUGGAAGAGAGAAAAGAGCGGUUUAUGAAUGUAGCUAAGAAUAGGAGCUACUCUGUUUGUUUGGUUGUUGAAGGUUUGAAUGAUUUUGGCAAUGUUUCGGCUACUUUUCGGUCUGCGGAUGCUUUAGGGUUUCAGUCUGUUCAUGUUGUUUCUUCUGAUAGCUCGAAAAGGUACAGAGACAACCGCCAUGUUAGCAUGGGUGCAGAGAAAUGGCUGGACAUUGAACUUUGGGACUCUACUCAAGAGUGCUUUGAAGUUUUAAAGUCUCGUGGAUAUCGGAUUGCUACAACACAUGUUGGAAUAGAUGCAGUAUCCGUUUAUGACAUGGAUUGGUCAUGCCCAACUGCCAUAGUUGUCGGAAAUGAAAAUCGGGGGAUUAGCAAUGAAGCCUUGGAAUUGUCGGACUUGCACUGCAGUAUUCCUAUGAAAGGCAUGGUAGACUCUUUCAAUGUUUCAGUUGCAGCGGGCAUCCUAAUGCACCAAGCUGUUUGUGACCGAACUUCCCGUCUGGGCGCUCAUGGAGAUUUAACAUCAGAAGAAAGCCAGAUCUUACUAGCGGAGUUCUCACUACGUCAUAGCAAGAGUGCAAUGAGCAUUGUUCAUGAGUAUGCAAAGCGGAAAACAGCUUCACCACUGUCAAAGCUUUGAUUGUGAUGCAAUCAUACGAUAUUCAAUAUUUGAUUUUCUCUAGUCUAUUCUUAUUCAACAUUUAUAAGGUGCAACUUCAGAUUCUCCUAUGAGCUGAUCUGAAUUGAUGCCAAGGAAAUUGAGAACGUGAUCUAACAAAAUGCCUCACUUGGUGGAUACCGGAAAGGCAGGACUGCAGACGAGAAGCAUUUUUUAUGGGUUGAUAAUGUUGAUUAUAAGAGAAGAGAGCCUUCAUAUUACAAUUUGCUGUUAUAUUUGAUUACCUACUGUUAGAAACUAUGAGAAAUAAGAUAAUCUAUGCCUUCACAUUUUUAGGCUCAAUGGGAUUUCAAUCAUAACUGGUCGAUUACGGUUCA